CCCGGCCAAGUUCAGCUUCCUUAGUUGCAGUGAGGCACUCAGAGGCAACCGGGCUUUGGCCGCGCAGGUGUUGAGUUCUGCAGUUCCUUUCGGUUAUGAUGGUCGCGAUGUUUUUCUCCGAGGCUCGGGCCCGGCCAUGGACGUGGGAAGCCAGCCCCUCAGAACACAAGAAAUGGGUGGAAGUAUUUAAAGCAUGCGAUGAAGAUAACAAGGGCUAUCUAAGCAGAGAGGACUUUAAAGUUGCUGUCAUAAUGCUGUUUGGGUACAAGCCCUCCAAGAUUGAAGCUGAUUUCGCGAUGUCUUCAGUAAAUCCAAAUGCUUCCGGUAUAUUGCUUGAGGAGUUUUUAACUAUUGUUAGAAAAAAGAAGGAAGUUCGACUCCAUUGGAAUGAAAUAAGACACAUCUUCACAGCUUUUGACAGGCACUAUCGUGGGUAUUUAACUUUGGAAGAUUUCAAGACAGCAUUUAAGCAGGUGGCUCCCAAGUUAUCAGAAAGGACUGUUCUGGAUGUAUUCAGGCAUUAUCAAUGUAAGAAAAAAAAUGGGCUUCAAGUUUGCCUUCAAGGAAGUCGAUCAAGACUCAGAUGGUCUUGUCAGCUUUAGAGACUUUGAAUAUGCCAUGAACUAUGGACAAAAUGAAGCCUAACUAUUGUGAACCGCUUUUGGCAACCUCUGGGGAGACAAAUAGGUCAUAAUGUGUAUUUAAACGUCAAACUCCACUCCGUUAGUGAUGUAACUAUGCUGCAUACUUCUGAUUAAACUCUCCAUCGUGGUUUUCA